AUAACUGUACCACACAAGCCUACCAGAGAGCAUUUGUAGUAUUAAGGCUUCACAUUGCACAUUGAGCUGUGUUAACUGUUCCUCUUCCGUCCUGCCUACAGCUGCCUGACAAUUAAACACUUAAGUUUCCUGGUUUAGUGUUUGAAAUCCGCCCUGGAGGGUCAGAGGACAGGGAGCGGGAGGAAGAACACGGAUUUACCGACUGUCCGCUCCUGGACUCAAACUUGACAGACAUGGGAGCUGUUCUGGGGGCCUUUUCCUUCGCAAGCUGGGUGCCAUGCCUGUGCAGCGGUGCUACAUGUCUGAUGUGCAGCUGCUGUCCGAACAGCAGGAACUCCACAGUGACUAGGAUCAUCUACGCCUCCAUCUUGCUGCUGGGGACCAUUGUUGCCUGCAUCAUGCUGUCGCCGGGUGUGGAUCAGCAGCUUAAAAGGAUUCCAGGCUUCUGUGAAGACGGGGCAGACUCUUCUAUCCCCGACUUUCAGGCUGAUGUCAACUGUGAAAUGUUUGUGGGCUACAAGGCAGUGUACCGUGUCUGCUUUGGCAUGAGUAUGUGGUUCCUGGGCUUUUCCAUUCUUACGAUUAACAUCAAGAACAGCAGAGACCCCCGUGCCGCCAUCCAUAAUGGAUUUUGGUUCUUUAAGUUUGCUGCCUUGGUGGCAAUUACAGUCGGUGCCUUUUACAUUCCAGAUGGGCCUUUUACCUACACGUGGUUUAUCGUGGGCUGCGGUGGAGCUUUCUUUUUCAUUCUGAUCCAGCUGGUGCUGCUGGUGGACUUUGCCCACUCCUGGAACGAGUCCUGGGUGGACAGAAUGGAGACCGGCAACUCCAGGGGCUGGUAUGCAGCUUUGCUGGGGGUCACAAUCCUCAGCUACAUGCUGUCAUUUACUGCCGUGGUGCUGUUCUUCGUCUUCUACACCAAGCCUGAUGGAUGCUUCAUUAACAAGUUCUUCAUCAGCUUCAACAUGUUGUUCUGCAUCGUGGCCUCUGUUGUCUCUGUGCUGCCUAAAGUACAGGAGUCUCAGCCACGUUCAGGUCUUCUGCAGUCCUCUAUCAUCACCCUGUACACCAUGUUUCUGACCUGGUCUGCCAUGAGCAAUGAGCCUGACCGAGAAUGUAACCCCAGCCUGCUGAGUAUCUUCCAGCAGAUCGCGGCCCCCACACCGGCCCCUUUGGAGAUGGAGAACCAGACAGCUGUGGUGAUCAUCACGACAAAGGAACCCGUCCUGACGUCCCCGUACCUGCAGUGGUGGGACGCCCAGAGCAUUGUGGGGCUUGUUAUAUUUGUCCUGUGCAUCCUCUACUCCAGCAUUAGUACGUCCAGCACCAGACAGGUGAACAAGCUCACCAUGGCCUCCAAAGACUCAGCCAUCCUGGCUGAGGACAGCAGCAGCCCCGACCUAUCAGAGGAGGUGACUGGGCCCAGGCGGGUGCAGGACAAUGAGCGGGACAUGGUCCAGUACAGCUACUCCUUCUUCCACUUCAUGCUCUUCCUGGCCUCACUCUACAUCAUGAUGACCCUCACCAACUGGUACAGCCCUGAUGCAGACUACACCAUAACCAGCAAGUGGCCGGCAGUGUGGGUGAAGAUCACCUCCAGCUGGGUGUGUUUGGCCAUGUACAUCUGGACCCUGGUGGCCCCCAUGAUCCUCACCAACCGAGACUUCAGCUGAUCAGCAUCUCCAUCUCUGACUCCACUUUGUCCUCCACAAACCUCCUUGUUUUUUGUGUAAACUCCAACCAUAUUGCCUACUUGUCUUACUGUCAAACUUAAAGUAGACUCACAUUUUGUACAUUUAGCUGGAGUUUCAUUUCAUUAUUUCGUUGUAUUUUCUUUCUAUUAAUGAACUGAUUCAGAGGUGCCAUAACAGCUGCUUCAGUUACAGGUAUUAACUGUAGUGAUUUCAUACCAGUCAGUAGCAGUUGCUUGGGCAUUCAAAGACAAUCACACAUUUCCUAUUGAAGCACAAUAACACUCUAAGAUGAAAAGCAUUCCAUUUGAUGUUUUUGUGAAUAGUGAAUCAACUACAGGGUCCAAAAUCAAACAGUCUUGCAUUUUGAGAUGAUGUGCUUGAAACUAGCUAUUUUCUGCUGUUUUAACAACAAAUAUCUUUCAGAUUAAACCAAACAAUUCCUUCUUAAUUCUUUGUAUUACUUAAAAAAUAUGAAUGUUUUAGAAAUGUCAGUAUUACAAUCAUCCCCAUUGCAGCACUGAGGGCUGGUUUGUGACCUGCAUACAGCAGUUAGUAGUAAGCUGAUAUAGUAUGCUGCUAUCUAUGCCUUUUUAUGCCUUAUAUAAGAUAUUUGAAUAUAGUAUAUAUAGAAUAUUGUUGUAAACUGCUCAUAAACAUGACACAUUACUGCAAUAUGACUUAAAGUCAAUUUAAGUUUCUGCCAAAUAUUUAUGGACCAGGUUAUUCAAUAUAAAGGUGUCUUUGAGAUGUGAUAGUUUUAGGUUGUAAAAUAAAAUUCACAGAAGUGACAUGAUGACACAGAUACAAUCAAAAUAUUUGUUUAAAGCUGAACUGGGUGAUGAUUUUAUUUUCUGUGCAUCACUUUGACUCCAUAUAGUAGCUUUAAUAUUUAAUAUGAUUUUACUUGUAAAGAAUGUUGUCUUUUUUUAAUCCUCAAUACAUUUAUGUUUUGUAAGAAAUGUCAGCAUUAUUUGAAUGGCAAAAUAUGUUUAAGAAUCAAACCAGAUUUAUGUGAGACACCAACACUGACCAAAUGCCUUUACUGUAGUUACUAUGUGGCAUACUAUGUGUGUGUGACUAUAAGCAGACUGUGAGUUCUUGUAGUGCUUCCACGGUUUCUGUUUAAGUGUUCGGACUGAUUCAUAGUCUUUAUGUUUGCUUUUGUCACAGCAGAGAUGAAUGUACAGAACAAACUGGACUCACUUUGAGCUCAGAAGUUCAUACAGCUUACAAAAUAAAAGUAAUACAUUAUUUUUA